AUGCGCGUUACAUCAGCGCUGUACGGAAAUCUGAACAAAAUCCACUGGAAUCGUCGAGUUUGGGAGGUUGGCUAUCGAGGACCACUUUUACCACAAAGAAAAGCCACCGGUCGGCCGGAUUAUCCGGUAACAGGAAAUCGCAUUCUUCUGCUACGUGAAAGAUUCGAACGUGAAUGGAACGUUAUGAAAUGUCUUGCAACGCCUUAUCUUACGAAGGAACAAGAAGAAGAAUAUGUGAAACUGCACGGUACUCCAUCAGAACAGCAUGAUUCAGAAGCGUUACGAUUGAAACAAGCUUCGAUGCCGAGUAAACCGAAGAAUAUUGAUUUGCAUAGGUAUGGCAGGCAACGUGCUGCGAAUGUUGGCAACUUGUUGCACUCUCAUCGAACUGUUGAAGAUUCCUUAUAUGAACUCAUCCGACGGAAACGUUGGGAUUAA